AUGGCUACAGCUUAUGCGGCUUUAGUUUCUCUCACUCAUACUAUUGACCAUAUCCUCAAUCCAUCCCCUCAUCAUCAGUUCAAUUGCGACCGAGAUCAGAUUAAUUGUUUGCGACAAAAGGCCGAUUUCUUGAUUGAUAAUUUUCUCGAAAAUCGUUCGAGUAUUGCAGGAGAUCACAAAGAGAUUGAAGAUUUGGAGACGAGAAUGAGGGUUGCAGCUGAAGGAGCAGAAUAUAUCAUUGAAGACAGUGUGAUGAACCACAUUCUUGGUCGAUGUGCAGUCGAAAGAGUAGAAACCUCAACGUCCAAUAAUAUCUUGUCUGAAUGUGUACUAACAGCAAUACAAGAGUUCCAUUCUAUCGAGGAAGAGCUCGUGAAAAUGAAGAAAUAUGUGCAUGCUAAAAUCUCCAUAACAACGGAAGCUACUUCGUCAUCAAGGCCUCUUCCCGUUAGCGAAACUAUCAUGGUGGGAUUCGACGGCCACGUGAACGAAAUUAUGGGUGCUCUCUUUUCAAAUGAAUCUAAUCUUCAAAUCAUCUCUAUUGUUGGAAUGGGAGGCAUAGGUAAGACUACUCUUACCACUCAUGUUUAUAACAAACCUUUUAUCGUGCAACACUUUCAUGUUCGUGCUUGGUUUACGGUCUCCCAAGAAUAUACCGAAAAGGAGAUUCUUCUAGGCCUUUUGCAUCAGAUUGAUAAUACUAAUCAAGAUGAUGCCCAUGAGAUUAGCGAUGGUAAACUAGGAGAUAAACUGUACAAAACUCUACUUGGGAGGAAGUAUUUAAUAGUAAUGGAUGAUGUGUGGGAUAUCAAGGCUUGGGAUAUGUUUAAAAGAUUCCUUCCAGAUAACAAUAAUGGAAGUCGAAUCUUGGUAACUACUAGGCUAUUGAGAUUGGCUGUGGAUAUUGGGUCUUGUAUCCCUUAUCAACUAAAUUUGUUAGAUGAAAAACAAAGUUGGGAUCUGCUCCGUCGAAAGAUAUUUGCAGACGGGCGUUCCCCCGUUGAAUUGGAGGGAACUGGAAAAAGUAUUGCUACAAAAUGCAGAGGACUUCCAUUAGCCCUUGUUGUGAUUGCUGGGGUUCUUGCAAAGUCAAAAACAGAAAAUUGGAAGUACGUCGAAGAAGAUGUGACUUCGGCAGUAAACAAUGAACAUGACGACUUUUGCAUGAAAAUAUUGUUGUUGAGUUAUAAUCACUUGCCUAUAUAUCUCAAGCCUUGUUUCCUUUACUUUGCCGUGUUUCCAGAAGAUUUUGAUAUCAAAUUGUCUAGGCUGGUCAGGUUGUGGAUUGCUGAAGGAUUUAUUAGAAAACGUGGGCAUAAAAGCUUAGAAAAAAUUGGAGAAGAGUACUUGGAGGAUCUUAUUGAUAGAAAUCUCAUUUUGGUCAGUUGGCGAUCAAUUACUGGACAAGUGACAGACUGCCACAUUCAUGAUGUUUUAAGUGAGCUAUGUAGGAGAGAAGCUCAUAAAGACAAUUUUAUUCUCACCGAAAAUUUGUAUAACCACCUCGAUAUUUUAUCAGACACGAAGAUCAGCCCUGGACGCUUAAGCAUUAAUGGUGGAAAAUGA